AUGUGCAAAUAUUCUCAAUAAAAUACUUUGCGCUUAGAGUAAAAUUUUCCGUUUAAAUAAAAUGGAAAAAAUUUGUGUGUCUUUAAAAAAGGUUAUGAAAACUAUAGACCAGUACAAAAAUUAGCCUCAAAUUAAAAACUUUAAAUAUAACGAACUAUUGCUAUUUUCUUAGAUAAAACAAUCAAGCAUGUUGAAUUCAAAUUACUUAAUUUUAAUUUAAAAAACUAAUCAAACUCAGAUUUAGAAAAAAUAAUCAUUUUCUGA